ACCCACAUGCCACUGGGCCACGGCCACGGCGCCUGAGUGUAAUCUGACAGCGGACGGGAGUAACACCGACGUCAGUGCCUACAUUGGCGCCAGUCAUUCGAUCUCAGUCCGAUUAUCAGCAGUAAGUUGUACGCGUUAAGGUGGAAGAGUUUGGACCUAAUUUAAAUGGCACUGGAGAUAACGAGAAAGGAAUUCUACCCCUAGUGGGCGUCUAGCAAGUACUUUGUCGCCGCCUUCAGGCUGGCCGGAUUUGAUGUCCUGGAGGACAGUGUACGGGUGGAGAAUGCUUGUGGUGGCGGUGCUGGAUUCAUGAGCGAGACACUACGUGUUCAGGGACUGACCCAGCACGGAGCUGUGGCCAGCCUCAUAGUGAAGGCGCCGCUGUCUGAUGGCGGGGGCGGAGGAGGAAGGCUCGGUUCUGCGGGUCUGUUCCGGCGAGAGCGGGCGGUGUACUCUCGGACGCUGCCUGCUGCGGAGGCGGCGCUGAAGGCGGUCGAGGGAGGGGCGUGGCGGCCGCUAGGGCCCGCCUCCUGGGGCGUGUGCGGAGGCGGCUGUAUACUGCUGCAGGACGUGGCGGCCGCGGGCUUCCGCAAGGCGCCCAGCGCCGCCUCCGCCCGCGGGUUGGAUUUGGCGCACUCCCUGGCUGCGCUGCGCGGGCUGGCGCGCCUCCACGCCGCCUCCACUGCAACUGCGCUCCGUGACGCCCAGGUGGAGCCGCUGCUGCGAGAGUCCGUCACCUUCGGCCCCAGCCAGGCCCCUUUGCUGCAGUCACAGGCCAGGACAGUCCUCCUGAAGAUGGCCGACGUGCUGAACCGCUACCCUUGGUUCUGGAGGUACCGAAACAAGUUUCUGCAACUGGCAGACACCUUGCUGCCUAGAGCAACACACGCUGUUGCCAGCUGUAAUGAGAAGCUCACUGUCAUGGUGCAUGGGGACUUCCAGAAGAACAACAUGAUGUUCCGGUGUUUGAAGGAUGAGCUUGAAGUCAUUUUCUACGAUUUUCAGGGAGCCCACAUCGGGUCCCCAGCGGAGGACCUGCAGUACUUUCUGCACUCGAGCACCAGCCUGGAGGUGCUGCAGCAGCACACAGACCUGCUCCUGUCUGAAUACCACAGCACCCUGCAGCACACACUGCGGGCCCUGGGGCUGCAGCAGCAGGCGGACGCCUACCCACUGGAGCAGCUGAUGAGAGAGAUGGAGCAGCUGGCACCAGUAGGAGUCUUCUGCACCUACAACCUGCUGCCUGUCAUGCUGAACCUAGCGGCAGUCGAUUUCGACCUCGAUACAUCGUCACCUAGCUAUGCAGCUAACGCAGAGAAGCUGUUACAGAAAUGCUUCACAAACCCUGAAUAUUUGGCAUUUGCUCUAUAUUUGACACCACUUUUUGAUAAGAGUGGUCUUCUUGAAAGUUAUUAGACUUCUAAUUGACAUUCUGUUCAGGAUGAAUUUGAAGUAUGCUGAAGUAUUAAUACCUUCCUAAUAAUAAGUUCUAUGUGAAGACUGUUGAUGCCAGGUGGAGAGCAAUGAAUGCUGCAAUGCCUAUUAGCAUACUUUAAGUAAUAAAUCUACCAAGAUAUUUUGCUCGCUUAUUUCACUUCCAUUUACACACUUCUUUUCUGUGUAUAAUGCGUAUCUUUUAGCUGUAAUAUUUUACGAAACUUCUACAUUUUUAAUGUGGAUAUUAACUUCUCGUAAGUGGUAUGUAUGUCAGCUCAUUAUGUGUAUGUUUUAGAUCUUGAUGUUUGUCAUGCAAUAUAUUUUGUAGUACACCCGA